AGAUACCAUAAAAUUAGCACUUCCAAAGUUCCCAUUUACUCUCUCUUCCUCUCAAGUCUAACCAAAGCCCAACAAACCACCACCUCGGCCAUGGCAACCACCCUCGCCACCGACGUCCGCCUCUCCAUCGCGCACCAGACCCGCUUCGCCCUCCGUCUCGCCUCCACCAUCUCAUCCAACCCUAAGUCUGCUGCCAGCAAUGCCGCCUUCUCCCCGGUCUCCCUCUACUCCGCACUUAGCCUCCUCGCCGCUGGCGCGGGCAGUGCCACUCGGGACCAACUCGUCGCCACACUCGGGACAGGCAAGGUCGAGGGACUCCACGCGCUCGCCGAGCAGGUGGUCCAGUUUGUGCUCGCCGACGCGUCCUCCACUGGUGGCCGCUGAAGUUACUACUCAAGUGAAUUCAUGGGUAGAGAAAGUCACGAGCGGUCGCAUCAAGGACAUUCUCCCCCCAGGAUCUAUUGACAAUACCACUAAACUUGUUCUUGCCAAUGCCCUUUAUUUCAAAGGAGCUUGGACAGAGCAGUUUGAUUCAUAUGGAACAAAAAACGACUACUUCUACCUUCUUGAUGGGAGCUCAGUUCAAACACCAUUCAUGUCCAGCAUGGAUGACCAAUACCUUUUGUCUUCUGAUGGGUUGAAGGUACUUAAGCUACCUUACAAGCAAGGUGGGGACAAUAGGCAGUUCUUCAUGUAUAUCCUUCUUCCAGAAGCACCAGGUGGUCUCUCAAGCUUGGCCGAAAAAUUGAGUGCUGAACCAGACUUCCUGGAGCGGCAUAUCCCAAGGCAGAGGGUUGCACUUAGGCAAUUCAAGCUCCCCAAGUUCAAGAUAUCAUUUGGAAUUGAAGCAUCUGAUUUGCUCAAAUGUUUGGGCCUCCAGCUUCCCUUCGGCGAUGAAGCGGAUUUUUCGGAGAUGGUGGAUUCCCUAAUGCCACAAGGUCUUCGUGUCUCAUCUGUUUUCCACCAAGCGUUUGUGGAAGUGAACGAACAAGGAACUGAGGCUGCAGCAUCAACUGCUAUUAAAAUGGUCCUGCAACAGGCAAGGCCGCCCUCGGUCAUGGAUUUCAUCGCGGAUCACCCUUUCCUCUUCCUUGUCCGGGAAGACAUCUCUGGUGUGGUCCUAUUCAUGGGUCAUGUGGUCAAUCCCCUCUUAUCUUCGUAAUGUGUUUGCUCUGAAAGUGUGUGUUGUCAGUUGCCCUCAGCCAUUAUAUGUAAGGGAAGGGUUUCGACAGUCAGUCAUGUUACCGAUACAAUAAAUCCAAUAAAUGGUUCUCCUAAGAUAUCCAA